GAAAGACAACCCUUUGUAUGUUACAUCAGAUAACAACUCUGGUGGAGAAAUUGGACCAGUUUACAGUACCGUUGACAAAACUGAAACAACGAAAGGAAUUAAAAAGCCAGUUGCGUUUAGACUUGGCCUUCAAGGACCUGUUUAUUCCGAAGUGAACAAAACUGAAAAAAAAGCUCUCCCGAAAGACAAAAAAGACGGAAGCGGAAAGAAAAUGUCAAAAGAAGAAAAAACAGGAAAGCACAGAUGCGACAUUGAAAUGGGAAACGUAUACGGCAACGCGCAAAUGAUUAUUCAGGACAAUAGUGAAGACAGUGUAUAUGCAAAUGCAGAAAGUAAAUUGGACAACAGAACUAAUACUGGCAAAGUGUACAUACCAAAAAAGAACAAGGAUGGCCUUAUUUAUGCAGACUUAGAGCUAGAUCCUAGUCCAAGUGGGAAGAAAUUUGUAAUUAGGGGUCUCGAAAACAAAACAAAUUAUGCUAUAAUUGAUCUGAACGUGAAAGUAGACCCUCUUCCAUCUGAUGAUGAUGACGACGAAGUUAAAGAAAACAAGACAGAUGAAGAUACAAAUCAAAAGGAUAGUGUUGAAUAAUAAGAAAACGAUAUUUUCCAUGUUUUGUGCGAUUCGGAUACCCUGUUCAAAUUACAACCGUUCGUAAUGCUUUAGUUGUUUUUACUUUUGUUGAAAUGAUGAAAAAAAAAAAAAAGAAUUAAAAAAAAUUAAUACAAGGGGACAUUCAAAACUCAUAAUUAGAAGAUAAUAACUGACAACUCCAUGGGAAAAAAACGCCCUACAGACGAAAAUAAAAUCAACAAAAUAAGAAAUCAAAAACUAAAGAUUGACCAACAAUAACCCUACCCAAAACAAUUGAGUGAACUCGUGUGUUUUAGAAGGUAAGCAGUUCCUGCUCCACAUGUGGCAACCAUCAUGUUGUUCAUGCAAUUAAAAUUGUAGGUAUUACAUUAAAUGUAGCAUUGCUGGUUUCUUAAACCUGUAUUACAGCAUGAAGCACAACCAUCGUUUGAAUCGACCAUUGGGAAGGUUUCAGUGAUUAACAAUACAUUUCAUUAAAAGUGUUUUCCGUCUUUUCCUAAAACAAAUUUGUAGAAUAUCCACAACAAUGAACAAUACC